AUGGCGGCAACUACACGGUGUGGUGGUGGUGGUGACAAAUCACGGGCGAAGAAGAAACACGUCAGACUGGCAGCGGCUGAGCGCGAAUCCGAUGCGAGGAUGUCCUGGCUGGCUUCCUGCUGCCUGCAUCAUCCGCCGAGGCGCUGACCAGGGACAGCCGAACCGGAGAGCGGAGGGGCACAAUGGCGUUCACGUUCGCGGCCUUUUGUUACAUGCUCGCAUUACUGCUCACGGCGGCGCUCAUCUUCUUCGCCAUUUGGCACAUAAUCGCUUUCGACGAGUUGAAGACGGACUACAAGAAUCCCAUAGAUCAGUGUAACACUUUAAAUCCGCUGGUGCUUCCCGAGUACCUCAUCCACUUCUUCUUCUGCGUCAUGUUCUUCUGCGCCACCGAGUGGCUCACGCUCGUCCUCAACCUGCCGCUGUUGGCCUACCACGUCUGGAGGUACAUGAGCAGACCCGUGAUGAGCAGUCCAGGACUGUACGACCCGACGACCAUCAUGAAUGCUGACAUCCUGGCGUACUGUCAGAAGGAAGGCUGGUGCAAGCUGGCCUUCUACCUCCUCUCCUUCUUCUACUAUCUCUACGGCAUGAUCUACGUUUUGGUGAGCUCAUAAGGUUGGAAGCACCAACGAUGACAACGAAACGGGUCUGGAUGCUUGGAACUCGGAGCUGUGUGAAUACACACACACGAAAACACACACGAACACACACAAACACACUCUAGGGAGCGGCCGGAGAUCGCCACAGUCAGCAACACCAGACGCCAUCUUGAAUCUCUCGGGCGGGGCCCACACUGCAACAUUUUACGGACAGAACCGACAAGGACAUUUUUUAUUUUCCUCCCGCCCUCUCAGCCCGACUUCCUUUUUUAGGUUUCACGGCGGCUCGGGGUAGCUAGUCGAAAACGUGUGUUUACAAACUCUGUAUUUUCCCCGUGUGCGAUUUAAGAGCCGGGAUUGCGUUUUGACAGCUCACGCAGGGAAAACGGGAUGCAUUCGCCCUUUUUUAGUGUUCAUUUUGUGCGUUACACCAACUUAAAAGGUAGACUCAACAAAGCAGUGCCGCUAGUUUGUCGCUUCCUCGAAGUACUGCGGAUGAGCCGUACUGUUUAUUUGUUUUUGUUGAAUUGUACUUCAUUCUCCACUCCCUCAAUGUGUCUGUAUUUUUCUGUUCUAAUUAGUAUUUGGACGUCUCCUGCACUCCUCCCAGCGAGCUGCGCUUGUUAGCUUCAAACAAAAGAGUUGGCGGACAUUUUAUUUUGUCCAGAAACGGGGUGUAAACGAUCAUGUCGCAUCCCCACAGUGUCACCGCUUCAGUUUAUAGGAUGAAAAUAAAACAAUCUCAAUCUGUUUUA